ACCCUUCAAAUUCACUUGAAAUAUAACAUAGGACUCUUCAUGUUUGGUAUUUAAAAUAAGAAGUUCAACUAUUUUGGAAGCAUAACAUAGGGUUUAGGGACUAUACUAUACACUUCUCUUUCCCAUCUCACAUUGUUCUUUCACCCUUCAUUCAAUCUGUGUUAGUUUCAAGCUUGAAGAGCACCAUGAGCAUUAUUGAAGUGGGAGAUUAUAUUUAUGAUAGUACAGAGGACAAGCAUGCGUCUCCAGAGGACAACCUAAAAGUGUGCACAGUAAAAGGACAAUGGGAAAAAGUAGAGGAACUAUACAGAUCACAUCCUGAACUUUGCACAAUAGACAUUAACAAGAGCAGAGGAACAGCACUACACGUGGCAGUAAAUGAUGACAAUGAAAAAGUUGUUAGAAAUCUUGUGAAUUUAAUCAUAAAACACAACAAGAUUGAGGCCCUUGAAAAGAAGAAUGAAAAAGGUGACACUCCUUUGCACCUUGCAGCAUCAAGAGGAUUCAAAGAUAUAUGUGAAUUGAUCAUAGGAGAAAAUGGUGAAAGGAAAUAUUUGAUUGAUAUUGAUAAUAAUAAUGGAGAAAGUCCUUUGUUUCUUGCUGCAUUGUCUUGGCAAAAACAAACGUUUGUGUAUCUCUUCAACUUUAAACGAAGUAAGAGUGAUUGCGAUAAUGUUGAUGGUGGUAGCAGUUCUUAUUCUAGAGAUCUAAUUCGAAACAAUGGGGAUAGUAUUCUUCACUGUGCCAUCAGGAGAGAAUUUUUUGAUUUGGCACUUAUUAUAGUAGAUAAAUAUCCUGAUCUUGCUGUCAUUCCAAACAAACAUGGAUUUAGUCCUCUCAAACUUCUUGCUACUAGACCUUCAGCCUUCAUAAGUGGAUCCAAGAUGAUAUGGUGGAAGAGGAUCCUUUACCACUGUCUACCUGAGGGAAUCCUAGAUGUGAAACAAGCUGUCGAAUAUUAUGGAAGGAAACAACAUCAGUUAAGCUUGGACAACAAAUGCCCAAAGAACUACAACACAUGUUACCUCUUUCUUCAUAAAUGUCUAGAGUAUGCUUAUCCUUCUGCAUUUGGAUCUAAAGAUAUGGGAGAGAAAGCCACAGUGUUGCAACAUCAUCAACAACAUUCUAAUAUAUCAAUGCCAUCUAAACGCAUGAUUCUUCCAGAAAACUAUGCUACAUGUCUUUGGUUUUUAAAGUUUGCAUACAUCUAUAUCCUUGGCCUCUCAGGUGUAGGGGUCGAAGAAAUUACAAAGAUGAAGCAAAAGCAUAAAUGGAGUGGUCAACUAUUGAAAAAAUUUAUGGAGAACCCUUAUGAAUCGUACUUGGGAACAGGCGCCAAACCAACUCGAGAUGUUAGUGGAACGGAUUUCAUGUCUUUUUACAAUCCAAAUCAAGGAAAUAACAACACCGAGGAGCCACCGAUUUCUGAAACACUGAAAAGUGAGACAGCGAUUUUGACUGCAGCAAGAAAUGGCAUAGUUGAAAUAGUAAAUGAGCUUAUAACAGAAAUACCAAGUUCCAUAUAUGAAGUUAAUUUGGAAAAUAAAAAUGUAUUACUUGUAGCAGUUGAGAAUAGGAGAACCAUUGUUGUUGAGGGAUUAAGGAAACGGCUUGAUGAGUGUAAUAAAAAGGCAAUAUUUGAUAACUUAAUCCAAGGGGUAGAUAGGGAAGAGAACACUGUGUUACAUUUAGCAGCUACAAAAAGUGAUCGAGAUUGGCACAUUGCUGGAGCUGCUUUGCAAAUGAUGUGGCAUAUCAAAUGGUUUCUGUAUACUAAAGGACUAGUGCCGGAGCAUUUCACAGUUCGAACCAACAGAUUCGACCAAACAGCAGGAGAAUUAUUCAAGAAAUCAUACGAAUCGCUGGUAAAAGAUGGGAGUGAAUGGCUCAAGGACACUUCUGAAUCUUGCUCUGUAGUGGCUGCACUCCUUGCCGGUGUUUCCUUUGCUACAUCAAGCACUGUCCCAGGUGGCAACAGAAGUGAAACAGGUGAACCAGCAUUGGAAGGAAGGCCUGCAUUUGAUGCAUUUGCUUUAUCUUCGGUAAUUGGCCUUUGCUUCUCUGUCACUGCACUCAUAAUGUUCCUUUCUAUACUCACUUCUCGAAAAGAAGCUAAAGAUUUCAGAAUUGAUUUGCCAAGGAAACUUCUUUUGGGAUUGAGUUCUCUUUUCUUGUCCAUUUGUGCAAUGUUCACUGCUUUCUGCUCUGGCCAUUUCUUUCUGAUUGACCAAAAAUACAAGCACAUUGUGUUCCUCAUUUAUUCAGUCACUUGCUUCCCUGUGACUUUGUAUGCAAUAGCACAACUUCCACUCUACAUUGAUCUUCUGAGAGGUAUUGUAACCAAAGUGCCGAAGACAAGUGAUAAGAGCGAGGAAUUAUAAAGUGUACGAUGAAUCGAAAAUGUGUUUGAUUGUUUAAAUAAUAACGAUGGUCAACAGUGACUUGAGUGGUAUUUCCUAUGUUUGGAGCAGUAUACUUUCAUUACAUGUAUAAUGUUUGGAAUAGUAUAUUUAUAUGUAUGA